AUGUGUGGUAUUUGCUGUGUACUGAGCUUGUCCCCCUCCCAGCUUGUGCUGGAGAAGCGUGUGCAUGAAAACCUAAGGAAAAGAGGGCCUAACUCCAGUUGCAACAUCACCAAAACAGCUUCAAAUCCCCACUACCAGUGUCUGUUCUCUGCUCACGUACUUCAUAUGAGAGGUUGCCCUGCCCCUCAGCCAGCACAAGACUGUAACAGCAAUGUAUUGAUGUGGAAUGGAGAGGUUUUUGGAGGACUGUUAUUGAGACCAGAAGAGAAUGACACUGACGUUCUUUCCCACCACCUUGCAGCCUGCCACAGCCCUACAGAGAUCCUGUCUGUCCUGGGCAAUGUCCGAGGACCCUGGGCUUUCACUUAUUACCAACAGGCUGGACACUAUCUUUGGUUUGGGAGAGACUUCUUUGGCCGGCGAAGCCUGCUUUGGCAAUAUGAUUCUGAGGAGAAGUCUUUGACUCUGACGUCUGUGGCUGCCUGUCUCCCUGGCUCUGACCGACCACCACAGUGGCAAGAGGUUCCAGCAGUUGGUGUUUACAGGAUUGAUCUGAGGGCGUUUGCAGAGUCUGGCUGUUUGACCUUUGAGGUUUAUCCAUGGGUCCACGCAGGCGAUAAUCUAUUGUCUGUUAGUCAUGAAUCUAAGUGGGAGGGUCUACCAAGUUACACCUCAGCAAUGAUGAACAAUUCAGGUCUCUCCCUCACGUCUCCAGUUUGCCCACUGAACAUGUCAAUCCCUCAGUUGUUGGAGAUAGAACAUGAUCCAAGCUUACAGUCCUCAGUUGAAGACCUGGAGGUAUUGCUAAAAUCUGGUGUGAGAGAGCCUGUGGUAAAUCGUCUCAUUGAUGUUCUCAGUGAGGCAGUACGGAGGCGUGUGCAAUGUCUUCCCUUUGAUACACAGGUGACAUCACCACUGACCAAUGACCAGGCAGCAAUUGCAAUUCUUUUCUCAGGAGGGAUUGAUUCCAUGGUUCUGGCUGCCCUGGCCGACCGCCACAUCCCAACCCACCAACCAAUCGAUCUUCUUAAUGUGGCAUUCAAACUGCAGGAACCAAAAAUUGUGAAGGAGUCUACCAAAAAAAGCAAAAAGCACAAAACGAAGCCAAUGGAUUCUAAAACUGACGUUCCUGAUUCCAAUGUGUACAACCCCUUCGGCGUUCCAGACAGGAUCACUGGUAGAGCAGGUCUGCAAGAGCUUCAGGACUUGAACCCAGAGAGAAGAUGGAAUUUUGUUGAAAUCAACGUUUCUCGGGAAGAGCUGCAGAAAAUGCGCCAGGAGCACAUCUGUCACCUGGUGCACCCAUUGGAUACCGUGCUGGAUGACAGCAUUGGAUGUGCUGUGUGGUUUGCGGCGAGAGGAACCGGCUUCCUCACAGAAAGCAACGAAGAGAGGGGGUUCACAUCAUCUGCCAAGGUGAUUUUGACCGGUAUUGGAGCGGAUGAGCAGCUGGCAGGGUACUCCAGACACCGAGUCCGCUUCAAGACCUCUGGGCAAGAGGGUCUGGUCCAAGAGCUGGCCAUGGAGCUAGGCAGAAUCUCUACAAGGAAUCUGGGUCGAGAUGACAGAAUCAUAGGGGACCACGGGAAGGAGGCUAGGUUUCCCUAUUUGGACGAGGAUGUGGUGUGUUUCCUGAAUGCCCUGCCAGUGUCUGAUAAGGCAGAUCUGUCCCUGCCUCGAGGUGUAGGGGAGAAACUGCUGCUGAGGCUGGCUGCCAAGAAACUGGGUCUGGGGGCAUCUGCUCUACUGCCUAAGAGAGCCAUGCAGUUUGGUUCCCGCAUUGCAAAGAUGGAAAACAGCCACGAGAAGGCCUCAGACAAGUGCAAGAGACUCCUUACACCAGCAUAACAUUUCAUUUAAAAAAAUGUUUUACACUUGACAAAGCAACUAAGUCAUCCUCUUAAUUAGGGUCACAGUGAACUACAAUAUGAACAGAUGUGUUAAUUUCCAAUAAAUAUACAAAUACACA